AUGCGCCGACUCCUGACCGUCGCCGCGAGGCGCGGCGCGAACCGCGCGAUCGCGUGGACGCGACCGCCGUCGGACGCGUCGUCGUUCGCGGCGUCCGCGGGCCUCGCGCGUCGCCUCGGCGCGUCGGACGGCGGAGAUCGGCAGCUUCUCUCCCGCCGCGCCUCCACGAGCGCGUCGGGACCCCCGCCCGCGCGCGGGAAAGCCAACGCAACGGCCGCCGCCGAGGCGAGGAGGCCGGAAUCCGAGGCGAAAGCCGAAGAGGCAGCAGAGGCGAAGGCGAACGCGACGACGAACGCCGACGCGAACGCCGACGCGAACGCCAACGCGAACGCCGACGCGAACGCCGACGCGACCGCGACCGCGGCCGCGGCGACGAAGAGCGCGCGCGAUGUCCGCCGCGGCGGUCCCAUCGAUGAAGCUCGGUCCGGGCAGAUAGUCACCGCGCACGGCAACGCGGAGGCGGUGCGCGUGACGUCGCGGCUGCAGGGAGGCGCGAAGCAGACGCCGUAUCGCCUCAGACGCGAUCUGAUGUCGGACGAGCUCUCGCGCGAGCUCGAGGAUUUCGUCAAGUUUCUAACCGCGCGGCGGUUAGGCUCCGUCGACGCGCCGAUCCGAGAAGUCACCGCGCGCAAGUACGUCGACCACGUCCUCGGCGUGUUCGGGUGGAUGCAUCACCACGGCGGGAGAGGGCGGUACCCGAUCGAGGAGCUCACGUCGAUGAAGCUCAUCUUUCCGACGAAGGAGCGCAAGUCAGGACUUUCGCCGUCAUCUCUCUCCGCCCACACCUCGCUUUCAAUCCCCGCCCGCGUUGCCUUUCAACUCCGACUGACGCCUUUCAACUCCACCCCGACAUUCGCUUGUAUGGAACGACCCUCAGCGGCGCUCGCGUUCGAUCACCUGCAGUGGCUCGCGAACGAGCGCAAGUGCAGCGCGAACUACGAGCUGUUCACGCUGCGCGCGCUCGUCGCGGCGGCGAAGUUUUGCCACGGCGGCGACGAUGCGGAGAACGACGGCUUCGCAAAGCCAUACGCCGACGUCCCGCUCGUCGGGCAGCUGCGGAAGAUCUCUAAAGGCGCGUCCUGUCCGUCCCGCGCGCCAGACCCGGUUCGGUUCCCGCGCGAUCGAGGACUUUCUCUCCCGGCGGUCGAUGUCGAUUCUCUCCGCCCAUCACCCCUCGCUUUCAAUCCCGACGCACACACCUCGACGCCCGCCUUUCAACUCCAACUGACGCCUAUGAACUCCACCCCGAUGUUCGCUCGUAUGGAACGACGACCCUCAGAGACGAUGAAGCGCGCGGACCGCGCGACGCCGACGUCGGACGCUCGAAAGAAGUGGCUCGCAUGGGACCAGUUCGUCGCCGUCGUCGAUCGUCUGCGGGAGGAGUGCGCGCCGAGGCUGGCGAGCGGCGCGAAGCGCCCCGCGCGCGCGGUCGCGUGGGCGUACCAGCGAUACUUGAUCCUCGGCAUGCUGUCGUGCGUGCCGGAUCGAGGGCGGACGUUUCGCGAGCUGCAGAUCGGGCGGACGCUCUUCAAGGAGGACGCGGAGAGGGUCGUUGAGGUCCUCGGCGAGGACGGCGAGACGGUCGCAAACGCGGACGGGGGCGCGGCGGCGGGGGGCGAUCCUCAUGGCGGGUUGAUUGAUUACCGGUGGGUGAUUCGCCAGGGGCCGGACGAUUACAAAACCGGGCACGUCUACGGCGUGCGGCCGCCGAUGGUGAUUCACCCCAAGUUUUACCCCGCGCUCGAGGCGUUCAUCGAGACGCACCGCGCGGCGUUGAACCCGAAGCACGACUAUCUCUUCACGUCCAGGUUCGGCGGCGAACCGCUCACGGACGCGGGGUUGCACAGGAUCGUGACCACGGCGACGUUUCGACACACGGGGAAGCGAACGAAUCCGCACUUGAUUCGCGACAUGAUCAUCACGCAUCUGCGCGGCACGGACGCGAGCGAACGCGAGCUCGAGGCGCUGGCUAUAUACAUGGGCCACUCCAUGGCGAUGCAGAAGGGGACGUACGACCGGCGUACGAAGGAGCAGAAGGUGGCGCCCGCGAUCGACUUGUUGGAGCGCGCGUGGAGCGGCGGCGGCGGCGUCAAACGCGGGGGGGCGACGGCGAAGUAG